AUGGACGAACUACUAAUGGGAAUAAAUAACCAAAAACCAGUGAAGAGAGACUCGAAAUCACUUUCCCAAUAUGCAUCCUUGAUAACCGGAUAUGUAAAUGAUAUGGAAGACAAUGAAUGUCCAGUCUCCUCGUCGUCCGAAGCCCCUUUCUUCAUGUCCCAGCUUCUCUCAAAGCUAAAUGCUGGUGACAACUCUGCAUUUGGUCGAGAUAUGAAGAGAGAUAAAAAGGAGGAAAAUGUUUCCAACCUUAUUAUUUGGUUGCAAGAGGAAGCUAGUCUUCGUUCAAGAGGAAGAAAUAACCUUGAAAGUGAGAAUGUUACCAGAAGAUCCGAGAACCGAUCUGGAGACUUUGAAGUACGGGAACCAUGUCCUCUUGGUUGCCAAACUAAACACCUACUCGCUGCUUGCCCUACCUAUCAGAGUUUAACUGUAAAUCAACGAUGGGACAUCGUUAAACAGAAACUGAGAUGUCGAAAAUGUUUAAAGGCUCAUCAUACUAAAGACUGCAAGAAGUGUGAUGGCGUGACAUGCGACAAGUGUAAGAAAAACCACCACCGAUCAUUGCACAAUACCAAACCAUUAAACCCGGAUGCCUCUCCUUUUCCUAACGAAGAGAAUAACAUUACAAACAACAACGUUGAUAUAAACUCUUCUAAACACAUGAAUGAUGUUCAGACUGUAACUGGACUAUGUCCAAUUCAAAAGAUUAAAGUAGCGGAUGAAAAUGGAGUACCUGUGGAUAUUCUCGCAAUGUUGGAUACCGGUUCAAAUACUAGUCUCCUGUCUAAGUCUGCGGCAACAAAACUUGGAUUAAGCGGGCCACAAACACAUCUAACUAUGAACUUAGCUGGAGGAGCCAAGAAGUCUGAAGUUUCUGAAAUUGUAGAAAUCACCAUGAUCUCACCAAUUGAAGAAGACAUCAAGAAAACCCUCCUUGUACACACAGUUAACAAACCAUGCAGCGGUGCCAAAACAGUUUCAAAGAGAUCGUUGGCGAAAUAG